UGUUCGAGAUCAAGAAUUUGUUGUGGGCUAAGCCCACUACUCAAAAUGCGUGGAUUGGCUAACCACCACCGUGCGCCACUGACCGCUGACCACCGGCCACCGUCCGCCUUCCUCCACGAACCUUUCACCGUCCACCGCUCCUCUACCGUCCACUCGCCAAUUCAACACUCAUAGUAGCUUUAUACACAAACUAUAAAUUCAUCAAAGGGGCAAAGGGGAUUUACUCCCUGCAACACCUCCAUUCUUGCUUUAAAAUUUCCAUGGAAAUUGCUGCCUGAAUUGGUAAUUUUCUUAAACCCCUUUUUUAGCUGCUUCCCUCAAAGAGGAUUUACUCAAAAUCCCUGCGAAUAUUCACAAGCCUCUGUGAGAGAUAGAGAGUGUGUGUUCUUGUGUUGUUUUUCGAUAAUAUUUGUGUAUAAAUUAUAUAUAUACAAUUGGGUCAUUAAAUCCUAUACUUGUGGCCACAAAUCCUCUCUCCUCUCCCACAGCCACAAUUCCGCCAUUGUUAGUUCGUUUUUAUUUUUUUCUGGGACCAAUCUUUUUCGAAAAACCCCAAACUUGUCGAUGCGCAAUUAAUUUCGCCGUCAGUCACAUCCGGUAGAGGAAGAGACCGAUUGGAAUAUGCAGCCGUCGACUGUGAGUCAAGAACCCGCAAACCCUUUAGGGAUUGUGUCCCGCUUGGGUUCUUUUGUGGUGAACUAUUCGAGGCGCAAUCCCGAUGUGAACUCCAUACUUUCGUCGAACACUUUCUACUUGGACGUCAAGAAGAAGCCGAAGACCGUUGCCUCAUUGAGCCUCAGCACAAAGGGCGCAGCCUUUCGCAUUAGAACCGCAUUUAAUCAACUCAAUCAGGCGAUUCGAUUCCACUGCGAGCGUAUUCCUCUAGGUUUCGCUUCUGUUGGGGUCGAUCCUGGCGAGAACAAUGGGUGCGGUAAUGAGAAUGGGGUUUUGGAGGAAUCGAAAGGAGCCCCCACCAAUGGGAUUGUCUCUGAUACCCCCAAAAAAGUUUUGAUUCUGAUGAGUGAUACUGGGGGCGGUCACAGAGCUUCUGCAGAAGCCAUUAAAGCAGCUUUCAGUGAAGAAUUUGGAGAUGAUUACCAGGUUUUUAUCACUGAUUUGUGGACAGAUCAUACUCCCUGGCCAUUUAAUCAACUACCAAAGAGCUAUAAUUUCCUUGUGAAACAUGGCACUCUAUGGAAAAUGACUUAUUAUGCUUCGGCCCCUCGCGUCGUUCACGGAACUAAUUUUGCUGCCACUUCAACUUUUAUUGCUCGUGAGGUUGCUAAAGGAUUGAUGAAAUACCAGCCAGAUAUUAUCAUCAGUGUACACCCUCUGAUGCAGCAUGUUCCGCUUCGUAUUUUGAGGUCCAAAGGUCUACUGAAGAAGAUUGUUUUCACGACAGUAAUUACCGACCUGUCCACUUGUCAUCCAACAUGGUUUCACAAACUCGUGACAAGAUGUUACUGCCCAUCGGAAGAGGUGUCGAAACGAGCGCUGAGAGCUGGUCUUCAGCGUUCUCAGAUUAAAGUCUUUGGCCUUCCCGUGAGGCCAUCAUUUGUGAAGCCCGUUCGCCCCAAGGAUGUAUUGAGGAAGGAACUCGGAAUGGAUGAACUCUUGCCUGCCGUCUUGUUAAUGGGUGGUGGCGAAGGCAUGGGCCCAAUCGAGGCCACUGCUAGAGCACUUGCAGGCGCGCUUUAUGAUGAAAUUCAUGGAGAGCCAAUCGGUCAGAUUCUUGUGAUAUGUGGCCGAAAUAAAAAGCUAGUCAACAAAUUGAAGUUGGUCGACUGGAAAAUCCCUGUCGAGGUGAAGGGUUUCGUCACCAAAAUGGAGGAUGCGAUGGGCGCUUGCGAUUGUGUAAUCACUAAGGCUGGACCCGGAACAAUUGCAGAGGCUAUGAUUCGAGGGCUACCCAUAAUCCUAAACGAUUACAUUGCCGGACAGGAAGCUGGGAAUGUCCCAUACGUCGUAAAAAAUGGAUGCGGGAAGUUCUCAAAGUCCCCGAAAGAGAUAGCGAACAUUGUUUCCGAAUGGUUUGGCCCGAAGCAACACGAGCUGAUCGCAAUGUCCCAGAACGCGCUGCGGCUGGCCAGACCCGACGCCGUGUUCAAGAUUGUCCACGACCUUGACGAAUUGGUCCGGCAGCGACAACGAAACCUCGUACCUCAGUAUUGCCCGGCUUGAUCAAAACUGUAAAUUAUCUUGAGAGUUGAGAGAAUGUUCUUUCUGGGAAUACCUUGGGAAAGUAUGAGGUUUUUGCCAUAACUCCUCGUGUUAAGCCAUCCUCGAAGAUGAUUCAUUUUGAUAGAUUGAUGGUUUUAGAAGACUGACAAUAAAUUUUGAACCAAUUUA